UUUUAUGACAAUCUGCAAUUUCUUCUCAUCAAACUCAACCACCUUCCUUCCAAGUUCCAAUCAUGGAUUGUUACAGCUACAAAAUCAAACAUUUCCCAUUGCCAAAGCCUCUAAUCCUCUUUUAUCUCUUAUUAAUUGUCACCGAUUUCUUCUCACCACUACGCCCAUUUACGAGUGCUUUAUUCUUCAACUUCACCAGUUUUGAUUCUUGUGACUCCCCUCUAAGAUGCGACAGAUCUUACGUUGAAAACCAAGACAUCCAUCUCACCGGCAGCAGGGUCAAAGGAUGGUCUGGAACGUCUGUUGGUCGAGCCACGUAUGUCAGGCCCAUGCACCUGUGGGACAAGACAUCCAGAAACCUCACAGAUUUCACUACCGAUUUUUCCUUUGUCAUUGAUUCGCGAGAGAAUACUAAUAUUACUUACUAUGGAGAUGGGCUUGCGUUCUUCCUUGCACCUAAUGGUUCGACUACUACUACAGACAGCGAUGGUGGCGCUAUGGGUCUUUGUAGGCGUAACCAGACAUUAAACACGACGGGCAAUCAUUUUGUGGCGGUGGAGUUUGACAUCUUUUCAAACAAAGAAUGGGAUCCGCCCAGCGUACAUGUAGGUAUUGAUAUAAACUCCAUGGAAUCUGUUGCUAAUGUCUCAUGGUUGGGGGCUAAUAUUUCUAUUACGGAAGGGAGAACUAAUGAAGCUAGGAUUACUUAUAAUUCUAGUUCUCAUAAUUUGAGUGUUCUCUUCACUGGUCUCAUAAACAAUGCUAUGGUAUGGCAAUCCCUUUCUUAUAAGAUUGAUUUGAGAGAUUAUUUGCCUGAAUGGGUAACUUUUGGAUUCACAGCCGCAACAGGAAGAGAUACUGCAAUGCAUACCAUUCGCACAUGGAAUUUUACUUCAACUUUGGAAGAUAUUGUAACCAAACCAAGGAAAAGCAACAGGUGCAUGGAUGAAGAAUUUGAAAGGGGAACAGGACCGAAGAGGUUCUCAUUUAAAGAAUUGGCUCGUGCCACGAAUAAUUUCAAUGAUGAAGAGAAGCUGGGUCAGGGUGGAUUUGGUGGGGUUUAUAGAGGGUUUUUACAAGACUCAAACUCCUUCAUUGCUGUUAAGAGGGUGUCAAAACAGUCUAAACAAGGGAUAAAAGAGUAUGCAUCAGAAGUUAAAAUCAUUAGUCGACUGAGACACAGGAAUUUGGUGCAACUGAUUGGCUGGUGCCAUGAAAGAGGAGAACUCUUACUCAUCUAUGAGUUCAUGCCCAAUGGAAGCUUAGAUUCACAUCUUUUUACAGAAGAAAGCUUAUUGAUAUGGGAAACGAGGUACAAAGUUGCUCAAGGAUUGGCGUUAGCGUUGCUUUACUUGCACGAGGAGUGGGAACAAUGCGUGGUACACAGGGAUAUAAAAUCGAGCAACAUUAUGCUUGAUUCAAACUUUAAUGCUAAGCUUGGAGAUUUUGGACUAGCUAGGCUUGUGGACCAUGUGAAAGGGUCACAAACCACUGUUUUGGCAGGCACUAUGGGCUACAUGGCUCCUGAAUGUGUCACAUCUGGUAAUGCUAGCAAGGAGUCAGACGUCUAUAGUUUUGGAAUUGUCGCUUUGGAGAUUGCUUGUGGAAGAAAACCAAUCAUGACCAAUGCCCCUCAAGAACAAGUAGUCUUGGUGGAGUGGGUUUGGGAGCUUUAUGGAAUAGGAAAGGUACUUGAAGCAGCUGACCCAAGGCUUGAUGGAGAUUUUGAUGAGCAGCAAAUGGAGCGCUUGAUGAUUGUUGGGCUUUGGUGUGCUCACCCCGAUCGAAACUUUCGGCCUUCAAUAAGGGAAACAAUUCAUGUUCUCAAUUUUGAGACUCCAUUGCCUAUUCUCCCAUCAGAUAUGCCGGGACCAACACAUCUUACUCCAGCAGUGAGUAGACAAGCAAUGUCACUUCCUAUUUUCAGUAUUUUUAGUAACUAUGAGGGAGGAAUUGCUUGAAUAUGGAUUCUUUAAAGAAUCCAUAUUCAAGCAAUAGUUACACCAAAUCUUCGUUGUCUACCCCAUACGAUGUAGCUCUUCCAUCUGCAUCGCUUUUGCAUACGUGCCAAAUUUGUCAGAGGUACACUUAACUUGUGAUUCUUAUUGUUUGAUUAGGUAUUCAUUUUUUCUCCUAUGUUAUCACUUUAUUGUUUUUCAUUUUACUUUUUGGUUUAAGCAAUGAUCAAAAUGUUUUAGAGUGUAAAUCAUAUACAUUUUAAUAUGUUUUCUACCUUAAAUAUAAAUUUCGUACAAUACAU